AUGGUCGGUUUCUCAGUAUCCCGAAAGCUCUCUCAAGUGCAAAACACAUCUGAAGAAGACCUCAACUUCCACCACAAAACUCGAUUCAUUAUUCUGAUAAUUGUCACAUUAUGUUUGUCAAUUGCUCAAUCUGACACCCUCACACUGAAUUUUACAAUCAUUUGUAUGUCUGGAGAUGGAGCUCAAGUAGGCAAUCAUUCCGCUUUAUCGAAUUUAGAGGAUAUGGAGAUGACGCUGGUGAAUGGAUCUGGAACAUUGAGAGAAAACGUGGAGCAUAUGGAGCACAAGAUUGCAGAUGGAAGGUAUAACUACACACCAUCGGAGAAGAGUUUGCUGUUUUCAUUGGUAGCUGUCGGAGCAAUGGUUGCAGUUUAUCCAGUCAUGCUUUUAAUUGGGAAAUUCGGAUCCCGCUCUGUCUGUUUCUGGAUGGGAAUGCUUUCCGCAGUGACUACUGCUCUUAUCCCAUGGAUGGCAUACAUUGGAUUCUACCCACUCCUUGUCAUGAGAUUCCUCCAAGGUGCUGGACUCUCCACUGGAUUCACACUUAUUGGAAUCUGCACUCGUCAAUGGUCCAUGCAAGUUCAGAAUGCACUGUACAUUGCCGUAUUGACCACGUUCUUCCAGAUUGGUCCAAUUUUCACCAUGCCUGUGGCUGGAGCAUUGUGUACAUCUUCCCUCGGAUGGCCAGCUGUCUACUACAUUCAUGCUGUUGUCACAUUCGGUCUCUUCAUUCUUUUUUACUUCUUCUAUAGAGAGAACCCAACCCGUCACGCAUUCGUCAGCACCAAGGAACUCGAAAAGAUCCAAAGAGACAAAGGAGAGGGAAAGCGUGAAGCUGUUCCCCUCAAGGCUAUCCUCACUGAUCCUGUCAUCUAUUCCAUCUGGAUCUCAGCUAUCGGAAAUUUCAUGGGAAUCCAAUUGACGAUGCAGUUCUCACCAACGUACCUGAACAAAGUGAUGGGAUUCGCAGUCGAGCAAACCGGAACAUUCAGUGCAAUCCCUCAAGUCGUCACAUUCUUCUUGAAAAUUGCCGCCGGAUAUGCCGCUGAUAAAAUGAGAUGUUGCACUCCACAAACUUCUGUCAAGAUUUUCAACAAUUUGGCGUUGGGUGGAAUGAGUAUUUCUUUCCUAGGUCUUGCUCUCAUCCCAACAUCUGAACCAGUUCUUGGACUGUGCAUGCUCAUAUUCUCUUGCUCAAUCAUUGGAUUCAACUGUGGUGCUUUCUUCAGAAGUUCGGCUAUCUAUGCUGCCCAGCACAAUCACUUCAUAAUGGGUGUCAACUCAUUCCUCAACUGCCUCGCCUCCCUCAUCGCUCCAGUCGUCGUCAAUAUUUUCGUUACAAAUGACACCUGGGACGAGUGGUGGUGGGUGUGGAUGGUAUACUUCGUCGCUCUUUUCGUUGCCAACAUUGUCUUCCAAAUCUACGGAAAAGGAGUCCCAGCCGAGUGGACCAAAGCAGGAUAUGGAGCAAAGAGUGCCGUCGGAGACGUGAUUCCUUCGAUUCCAAAACCAACAGAGCCAGUUGAGACACCGAAAGUAUAA